AUUUACCUUAUCCAAGGUCGGGUUAACACAGUUCUCUGGACCAUUGUGAACCCUCAAAUACUGCCAUUCCUACUACUACUACUCAAUCUUCACUUCAUCUUCGUCGACGACAGCCAUGGCCGGAAUCUCCGGCCUCAAGCCGGCCUUCUGCCCCAAUCUCUCCGUCGUUUCGUUCAAGUCCUCGUCCCUCUCAUUUCCAUCUAUAAAGCUAUCUCCUAAAAUCUCCUUCCGCUCCAAAUUCCCUAGAAUAUAUGCGUUUUCUAGCAAUGAUAUUAAAGUGGGCAGCAACAUUGAAGUGGACGGAGCUCCUUGGAGGGUUGUUGAAUUUCUACAUGUCAAACCUGGCAAAGGAGCUGCAUAUGUGAGAACCACAUUGCGGAACUAUGUCACAGGAAACUCGGUUGAGAAAACUUUCCGAGCUGGAAGUAAGAUAGAAGCAGCAGAUAUUUCCAAGGAGACAAAACAGUUCACUUACAAAGAUGGUGCCCAGUUUGUGUUCAUGGACCUGAAUACGUAUGAAGAGUUUCGCCUCAAUGCAUCAGAUGUUGGGGAUAAAACAAAGUUUCUGAAGGAGGGCAUGGACUGCAUUUUGCUUUUCUGGAAUGGAAAAGUUAUUGACUUUGAACUCCCAAUUACAGUGAAGUUAACAGUAGUUGAUGUUGAUCCUGGUCUUAGAGGAGACACAGCCCAAGGUGGAUCAAAACCAGCAACCCUUGAGACCGGUGCUGUUGUUAAUGUUCCAUUGUUCAUAGACAAAGGGGUGGAGAUUAUGGUGGAUACUAGAACCGGGCAAUACAUGAGUCGGGCAUAGAUUGCUCACUGCUGGGGAAUAAGUUUUCAUCACCUUACUUAUAAUUCCCCAUAUGGAUUUUUGAAGCUUCCAUCAAAGCCCGAUUACAAAUGCAAUUUUGUAAAUCUAUGUAUUGCAUAAUGAGUUGAUAGAUGUAUACAUUUGCAGGCGUUAUGAAAACUACAUAGACAUGGCUUUCAGCCUUCUGUUCUAUUACUAAUAUCACUGGGUAUGCAGAAGCUUUUCUUGUAUCUUUAAUUUGCAUUUCAUGAACAUAUGAAAUCUGUGAAAAUCCUAGCAGAAGUUAAACAUGAUUCCUAA